UAGAAACUAAAAAGUCGAACGAUCUUGUUUUUAUGUCAGUUUUGUGUUGUGCGUAGUUGUUGUUGUUGAUUUCUGAUGGCUUAAUUAAUUUUAAUAUUAUUUUAAUUUCUUGUCCGUUAAAUAUUCGGCUUAAGCUUGACCAAAAAUGGCACUAUUACCUCCCGAUCCAGUUUACACCAUCAGAAAUGUUGAUAAUGUGCCAGUUUAUUCUCUGGCAUUCAGCUUUUUGCCCGGGGGUCUGGAGAGGUUACUAGCCGGGUCGAAGAACGGCUAUGUUUAUGCAUACAACCUUCAGACAAACCGUGUGCAGCAGAAGAUUCAAGUUGGUCAAGCUCCAAUUCUUCACCUUAUUCACACCGAUAGCCAUCUUAUUACCCAAGAAAAGGGAGGGAAGUUUAAGAUGUUCAAAUUAACUAAUAGUGGCUACAAAGAAGAUGCUUUAAUUGAAAUUGACUACCCAGGUUUUUGUCGUUUCGAAGCCAACACAAAACUCGAGACAAUUUAUGUACCUGAUAAAGAAUCAAAAAUACAUAUAUACAACUUUUCUGGAGAAAAAAAGGAAACUUUGAUACCGGAAACUAAUGAUUCCUCACCAAAAUUGGGAGAUCCUAUGUGUUUUAAGUUCAUUGAGUUUCCUGGUGAUAAACCAUGUCUACUAGCAGGUUAUGAAGCAGGUUGGCUACUCCUGUGGGAUCUCAAUACUAGUCAGUGCAUUGGAAAACUACAAACAAAAGAAUGCCCAAUGUCCAUAGAUUACCACCUCGAACAACAGAGAGGUAUUAUUGGUAAUGUUUCAAAUGUGAUGCAGAUCUUUAGCAUAAGUAAAAAAGACUUAAACAUGACUCUCAAACUAGAUAUUCCAAUAAAAAAUUCUGGAAUCAACAAGGUUCAAUCUAGGAUUGAUGGGAAAGUGUUUGCUUCAGGUGGUUGGGAUGGUCACAUCCGCAUAUUUUCCUGGUUCUCUUUGAGACCUUUGGUUGUACUUACGGAGCAUAAACAGGCAGUGCAAGAUGUUGUUUAUUCUACUGAGAAAGUAUCUCUCUGGAAAGCUCAUAUAAUGGCUGCAGGGGGAUUAGACGGUGCUAUUACCCUUUGGGAUUUAUACAAUAACAAAAAUUGAAUUGCAUUUAAUGAAUAUUAAGCAACAUGCUAGAUUAAACUUUGGACAACCUACUUUGACUAUUAAGUAGAACAAAACUAUUUUAUUUGAUAAACAUUUUUUGUGAGAUGUAAUUUUAUGGUCUAUGGAAUAUGCCAGUAUUGCCUUUACUUAACAUAUUGGAUAGAAACCUAUCAUCCAGUGAUGCUUUAAUUAAUUUGAUGAUGUAAUUUUAUAGAAUGCAAUAAAUAUUAUGCCAUUGUAAAUUUUAAUUGGAUCUCAAGUAAAUGUACAAAUGUUUGAAAAUAGAGGCAUAUAAUGUUCACAGUGUGUGGCAAAGCUGUUAGUUUAUAAGUUAACAUGUUGUUAAAUAUAGCAAUGAAUAUUUUCCAUGAAUGAUUUUUAGUCAUGUUUUUCUAUGAGCCAAAAAAUUAAAGGCCUAUGAUAC